AUGUCUCAAUUCAAAAUCCUCUUCCUGAUCACUCUAACACAUCUUCUUCUUCUCCAAACAUCGGCCCGCACGUGCUUUUUCACGAGCGAAUACACGGUCCACGUAGUGACCUUCCUCCCCAAGGACUCUCCGCCACUGGAGUUUCACUGUGCAUCUGGAGACAAUGAUCUCGGAAAUCAUAAGCUCACUUCCUACGGCUCUCAAUACAAGUGGUCGUUUUGCGAUAACAUAAGGCACACCACCUUGUUCUUCUGCACUCUGCAUUGGGGAAACAAGAAGAAGUCCAUCGACGUGUUUAGAUCGUCGUGGAGGAAAAAGUGUACCUCCGGUAUGUGCGUUUGGGCAGCUCAAAAAGAUGGUAUCUAUUUCGGUAAUGGUACACCCAUCUUCAACAAAGAAUUUGAUUGGGACACUUGA